AUGACGACGGCAGCACGAAUUUCGUGCUGGUUAAUAAUAUUUCUAGGAUUUUGUGCUGUUUCGAUCAAUGGCAACUACCUCGAUCAAUUUUAUUGCGGCAAAGACAACUGUUACGAGCUACUGGGCGUAACGAGAGAAAGCACCAAGCAGGAAAUCGCCAAAAGCUACCGACAACUUGCGCGAAAGUUCCAUCCGGAUCUGCAUCAUGGCGUGGAACAGAAGCAGGUGGCCGAAGAAUCUUUCAAAAAAAUUGCAACGGCCUACGAAGUGUUGAAAGAUGAAGAAUCUCGCAACGAUUACAACUAUAUGCUGGAUAAUCCACAGGCAUACUAUUCACACUUUUACCGGUACUAUCGUAGGAAAGCUAAAAUCGAUGUACGUCUGGUAAUCGUCGUUACGAUAAGCAUAAUCUCUUGUAUUCAGUACGUAACGCGAUGGCAAAGGUAUGACACCGCUAUCAAAUAUUUCAUGUCUUUACCAAAAUACCGCAACAAAGCGCUGGAAAUGAUAAAUCAAUCGCAAAGCAACGGCAAUGGUAUGUCUGGCGGUGGCAAGCAUCGCGCUAAGUUAUCGAAAGCAGAAAUCAGAAAAGAAAAUGAUGAACAAAUCCGUAAGGUUAUCGAAAACAAUAUGGACAUUCAAGGAGCUUAUGCUAAGCCCGAGAUAAAAGAUAUUCUUUGGAUUCAACUGUUUCUGUUACCAUAUACUAUCGGUCGUUAUUUUUGCUGGAAUGCACGAUGGAUUUGGAAGUUCAAUAUCCUGAAACAUCCUUACGGGCGAGAAGAACAACUGUAUCUCAUCCGGAAGUACAUGAAGCUAACUUCGGUGCAGUUUAAUUCGAUCGCAACGGAAAAUGUGGAUCAAUUUUUGAAGGAACAGCUGUGGGUAAAAUCUAAUUUUGACCGAUUUAAGGCAGAACAGGAGAACGAGAAGAAAAAACAAAUGGCAGACAAUCCACGUUACAAAGCAUACCGCAGGUAUAUGAAAAAUCAUGGGCCUGGUCGACUAACAUUCGAAGAAUGAGCAAUGGUUGUGUUUUUCCCUCGCUUGUUUCGAAUUUGUUAUAAACUGUAAUUAUUUAUUGAGCCUCUCAGAAGACUAAGGAUGGUGAAUAAAUUCUAAUCAUGAUU